AUGGAUCCCUCCCGAAUCAUCAAGCCCUGGAAGCUUCACCCUCAACGAACAUUGGUGUUUGUGAAUGCAACAAUCGUCGAUCCUGUCCAGGGAGAGUUGGUUAACAACGCCACAGUUCGAAUCUCUGAAGGCAAAAUCACCCAGGUCGUUACAGAUGGCUCCUUCACACCGGCAGAAAACACUGCAGAUGAGACCAUCAUUGACUUGAAUGGGAAGUACCUAUGCCCAGGUCUCAUCGACUGCCAUGUCCACAUCGCCGUGGUACCAGGCGAAGCCGACCUACGAGCCUACAAGGACAUGUCAGAGCGAAUCAGUCUUUUGCGCCAACCACGCGUCCUCAAGUCCAUGCUCGACCGCGGAUUCACCUCUAUCCGCGACUGUGGCGGCGCAAGCCUAGCUGUCAAAGAAGCAGUAGAGGAGGGUGUCAUUCCCGGACCUCGUCUUUUCAUCGCCGGCUACGCACUCUCCCAGACAGGUGGGCAUGGCGAUAUGCGCGGGCCUCACGAUGCCCAGCUCUGCUGUGGUGGAUCGCUGUCCGGAAUCAGCAGAAUCGUCGAUGGCCCUGCAGAAUGCUACAAGUUCGCGCGCGAGGAGCUCCGCCAAGGAGCUGAUUUCAUCAAGAUUAUGGGCGGAGGUGGCGUUGCCAGUCCGACGGAUCGUAUUGAGCAUGUGCAGUUCUCGGACGAGGAGAUCAAGGCUAUUGUGACUGUUGCGCGGAACGCGGGAACAUACGUCACGAGCCACAGCUAUACACCACAGGCUAUUCAGCAAGCAAUCAAGCUUGGUGUGCGAGGUAUCGAACACGGUAACCUUGUUGACCUUGAGACGGCCAAGAUGAUGGCCGAGAAGGAUGUUUUCCUGACGCCGACACUCAUUGCACAUGUCAUGUCGAAACAGAUGAAUUUCCUGCCUGCUGACGGGGCAGCUAAGAAUGAUGAGGUUCUGGAGAAGGGACUCAGGGCUAUGAAGAUGGCAGUGGAUGCCGGUGUCACUGUCUGCUUUGGGACCGAUCUUCUCGGUCCAAUGCACUUUGCUCAAAGCAAGGAAUUCUCGGUCCGCAGUUCGGUUCUGACGCCGUUGCAGAUCCUGCGAAGUGCCACGGUCAAUGCUGCUCGUCUGAUUAUGCAGGAAGAUCGCUUGGGUCAAGUCUGUGAAGGAUUUGUCGCAGAUUUGUUGGUAUUAAAUGAGAAUCCUUUGGAAAAUAUCACCAUCUUGGAUCAAGUGGAGGAGCAUGUUCUGGGCGUUAUCAAGGAUGGAAGGGUUGCCACUUCACGAUGGGACCAACUGAAGGUGGACCCCCGUCCUUGA